CUGGGGGCGCUGCAGAAGCCCACCUGGCAGAACGCCGCUGGGACCCGCAAUGUCCUGCACCUCGCGGGGGAGUUUUGGCUGACGCCGUUAGAGCCCGACUGGGUACAGGCGCCAAUGGCAACAAGCAGAGAAUACAUACGGAAAGUGAGCGAGGUGGGCAAGGGACGCGGCCUCGGGCCUCCGCGCGGCCAAGUGGCGGCAUCGUUCGUGGAGGAGAUCGCGCAGAUACUCGACACCAAGAGCGACCUCGAUGCGCCGAUGCAUGUCGUCAAGCAGGCGCUGAAAGAGCUCAUGGUCAGCGACGAGGAAGCGGAGAUGGACACCAAGCAGCGCACGGCGAAGCUCACCCGCGCGAUCAACGCGUCGACGAGCUUCCGCGCAGUGCUGUGCUGCCAGAAGUUAGACCAGACACAGCGCGACGCGAUCCUGGGCUUCAAGGGGGGCGUGUUCAAGCAGGCGCUGGGCCACGCGUUGGUGCGCCUAGGGGCCGUGAAGAGCCGCUCGGGAGGCCCGAAGACGGGCCUGGAGAGGGCGGUGGAGACGCAGCUCAGCAGGCGCGGGGCGCAGGGCAGCACGCCGCAUUGCCCGGCAGUUCGCCCCGCCCAGAGCGAGAGAGCCCCGCGGGGCACUCACAGCAGGCCGCGCCUAGUCGAGGCGUGGCCAGCCCAGGCGCCUCCAGUGCCCCGCCAGACACCCGCCCCAGCGACGCGGGCGGCCCACGUGCACGGCCACCUUCAGGGCCGCCCGCAGCUAGAGAUGGGG